AUGCAGGGCUAUACCUCCCGGCAAUUUUUAACGCAGCUACAGUCUACCGAGCAACAGCAGCUACCGCCGCUAUCGCAGCUACAGCAGCUAUCGCAGCCUCAGCCGCAGCAACCACCGCAGCCUCGACAGCAGCAGCCAGUGCAGCCUUCGCCGCAGCAGCCAUCGCAGCCUCAGUCGCAGCAGCCAUCGCAGCCUCAGCCGCAGCAGCCAUCGCAACCUCGACAGCAGCAGUCAUCCCAGCCUCCGCAGCAGCGGACAGCGCAGCCUCCGCAGCGGCAGCCGCCGCAGCAGCCAGCCCGACAGAGAGGAGCCUCGCUGAUCCAGCGUCUACGCCAGCAGCUCCUGCGCCGCUGCCAACUACAAGCGACGACACCCAGGAUCCGGCCAGUGGAGGCUAGAGGACUGCUCCGGCGCCCACCAAGACGGCAACACCAACUGGGCAACGCUUCGCAGUCUCCGCCCGAGUCGUCGAUACAGUCGGCCGGUCAGCAGGGACCAGAGCCGACCUCCGUGCGAAAGGUGACCCUCCAGCUUGCCGCCUGGAAGUUGCAUCGGCUGAACAUACCGCCGCCUGCCAGGACUAGGCCACCGAGGUACUGCUUACACCCGUGGGACCUCAGAGUGCGCCGGUACACCUCGCCACGAUACCUGCAGGCGCCUCCACCAGCGGGACAACAGGAGCCGUCCUCUGGAUCCGAGUGGGAGACCACCAACCAACCCGGAGACGAGAACGCGAACUACUGGGGCCCGGUAAAGAGGACCGCGACACAGCCCUCGCUCACUUACUGCGAGCGAGUAAGUGCGAAGCGGCGCACCACCAAGUGGACACAUACGCAGCCACCGCUCACCUACAAGGAGCGAAGCCCCUCUAAGUGA